UGAACGAACUCACCAUGUGGACUCUCUUGGUUCUCUGCAGUGCGAUUGCCUUAGAUGGAGUGCAAGGUGUCGACCGCUUCCAAACACCUGGGGAAAUGCAUCCAACAGGAUUUCCAGUUAAUUCAACGAUGGCAGAUCGUGUAACGGAUUCUGCUGCAGCAGGUGUACGCUGUGGUGGCCAGUUCUAUGGCAGAAGGGGUGUUUUCAACAGCCCCAACUAUCCAAACCAGUACCCGCCAAACUCAGACUGUAUAUGGUACAUCACACCAAGCAGUGGAAUCGUGCAGCUGGCCUUCCCUAUUCUAAACAUUGAGUUUCACCAAACGUGUGCUUAUGAUGCCAUUUACGUCUAUGACGGCUCCAGUACCAGUAGCAGGCUUCUGGGAAAAGUGUGUGGCACGAACAGUACCACCUUCAACUCCACCGGUACUUCUUUGACUGUGCGCUUCAAGAGUGAUGGUAUUGUUAGCCUCUCAGGAUUCCAUGCUGAAUACCAAGUUGUGGCUACCUGCCGAUACAAUUGUGGCUACGAGUUCGAAAACUGCUCCUGCUCUUCAAGCUGUGGAUACAGAGGGAACUGUUGUCCAGACUAUGAAGAUUCCUGCUCAGCCACAUCUGCACCAGAACCAACAACAGGUCAGCCCUCGUGCCGGUACAACUGCGGCCGGCACCUGGGAAGCUGCUCCUGCUCAAGCUCUUGCCGAUACAAUGGAAACUGUUGUCAUGACUUCUACUCCUACUGCCAAGCCACAACUGACAUGCCAGCCACAACUGACAUGCCAGCCACAGUAAGCCCCUGUGGAGGCUCUCUGUUCGGCUCUGGUACCUUCUCCAGCCCGAACCACCCGAACCACUACUACGACAACGCCUACUGUGUCUGGCAGCUCAGGGCCGCGUAUGACCAAAGAAUCUUCCUGUCAUUCACGUACCUGCAAUUGGAGAACUGCUGCUCCUGUGACUAUAUUGCAGUCUACGAUGGGCCGUCUGUUAGCUCACGAUAUCUGGGGAAAGUGUGCAACAACAACAACAACAACAACAACAACAGUCUGAGUACCUUCUACUCCACCUCAAACUACUUGACUGUGCUCUUCCGGACUGAUAGAUCUGUGGUUGGCCGAGGGUUCAACGCUGACUUCAUAAGCUCUUUGCCACCAAGCUCAGGUCGAGUGGACUGUUCCUCAGACAACAUGAACAUUGUCAUCCAGAGGACUUACCUGAACUCUCUCGGCUACGACGGCCAGAGUCUGUACCUGAACGACCCGCACUGCAGACCCCAGGUUUCGAGCUUUCAGGUGGUCUUCAACUUCCCCAUUAACACUUGUGGCAACGUUCGAAAGUUUGAGAAUGGCAGAGUUGUGUACACCAACACUCUCCGUGCCUUCACCUCCAGCUCCGGGGAGAUCACUCGGCAGUCUCACCUUAAGAUGAGCGUGGGCUGUCGGAUGGAUCAGGACUCAGUGGCCCAGAUGAUGUACAUUGUCCGUCACCAUGAUAACAGCAGCAUUACCGGCACAGGCAGAUUCAACACCAGCAUGGAUUUCUACACAUCCAGCAGCUUCUACUAUAAGGUAACUCAAGUCCCAUACCAGGUGACACUCAACCAGAACUUGUAUGUUCAAGUGGACCUGAGGAGGGGUGACAGCUCCCUGGUCCUCUAUCUUGACACCUGUGUGACCUCACCAUCGCCCCACGACUUCCAGACCAGAUCUUACUACCUGGUCCGCAACGGCUGCCCUGUGGACAACACCUACCAGGCCUACAUCACUGGCAGCCGUGCCUAUGGCCGUUUCACAUUUAAGGCCUUCCAGUUCCUGCGAGCCACAGAGUCAGUGUACAUCCAGUGCAAGGUGCUGAUAUGCCAAGCCUCGGACUACAACUCCCGGUGCCGCCGUGGCUGCAACAAACGUGCGGCCAGAGACCUGGGGUCAGAACACGACAGCCAAACUCUGGUCCUGGGUCCCAUCAAACUCAAAGACCCUGAAAAAAAGGAAGAGGAGACUCACAAGCAGAACCAGGCUUAACGUGAUCCUACAAUGAGAGGCUUCAGUCAUCAUUCUGUUCGUCGUGACACUGAAUCAUACUCACCAUUUAUUUUCCCUUUAUCACAAUACCUGAUUAAAAGCAUCAUCAAAAGACAA